AUGAUCAGAGACGGUAAACUCCACGGCUGGUUGUCUCUGCCCGUCGACACUCUUCCUGUGUGGGCUUCCCUUAACGAUGUCUCGUUUGAUGGCGUUGCUAUUGGGCCCUUGCCUGGUAAAGAGGACCGCGGCUCGACUGUCAUUGCAAAGCGCCAUCUCAAAGGCGGCCAUGAACCUCCACUCAUGACCAUACCUAGAGAUCUCAUACUUUGUCUGGAGAGAAUUCAUCAGCAUGCAAAAUCUGAUUCUGAUUUUCGUGCUGUCCUUGAUGGCCUGGAUGAAUUUGGUAGGACUGCUAGAGGCGCCAUUUUGUCUUUCCUGCUCAUGCAAUCCUUUACUGCAUGUCCUUCUGUCGAGAAUAAAAAGGGCGUGUCAGGCCCGUUCACUGAGUAUGUCAAAUACUUGCCGAUGGAAAUGCUCCCUACUUUCUGGUCGCCUGCUGAGUGCGACCUGCUGACUGGCACUACACUUGCCCCUGCCUUGACCGCAAAGCUCAAAUCGCUCAAUCGCGAGUUCGAGCAACUUCGGAACGCAACAUCGAACAUACCAUGGUGCGCCGAACAAUGGUGGGACGAAGUUGACGGCAUCAUUGAAUUUGACGACUGGCUACAAGUUGACGCCUUCUACCGCUCCCGAGCACUCGAGUAUCCUGGUGUUGGCGAUUGCAUGGUACCCUGUAUCGAUAUGGCCAACCACUCUUCCGGCACCGGCACAGCUGCUAUCUAUGAGGUUGACCAUCAAGGUAACGCAGUGUUGCUGUUACGCGAUGGAAAGGGCAUUGAACAGAAUGGGGAGAUAACCAUCACCUACGGUGAUGACAAAGGCGCCUGCGAGAUGCUUUUUUCCUACGGCUUCAUUGAGGACGAGAUGGAGUCUGCCCGUGAGCUAUUUCUUGACUUAUCGAUCCCAGAAGACGACCCGUUACGACGAGCCAAAUCGGCAGUUGCGAAGUGCGCUCCAGGCUUCAAGAUCGUCGACGCUGAGGAUGGCGUGAUCUUCGAAGGCCCAUAUAUUUGGCUUAUCUGUGUCAAUGAGGAGGAUGGACUCUCAUUUCGGAUCCAGCAGACGGUCGACGGCGUUCAAGAGCUGAUAGCCACAUGGCAAGACGAACCGGUGCACGGGUUUGAGGGGUUUCGAUCUAUCCUAGAACAGGACCCUUUGUGGGAUGUUUAUCAUCUCCGAGCUGUGAGCAUAUUACAGGAACGAGUUGCGAGUCAGCUACAGGACCUCUAUGGGUCAGAUGAUCGAGUCGAUGCCACGCAACAUGGCGAUGGCACUGGCAUCAGGGAGCGAGCUUGGCAUCUUGCAAAACGACUCAGAUUGCUGGAGAGUGAGCUAUUGGAAAAAGCUUACAGCUACUACGAAGAUCAGAAACUUCAACUCAUGCAAAGUGAGACUGUGUUGAGAUACUUGUCGGGGCCAGACGUUGAUCAAGAUGAAGAUUUCUCCUGA